GGGGUCACGUCACUUCCUCUUAAGCGCGGCGUCUGGCCGGGGCGUCCGCACGAGCGGCGUCCGCACGAGCGUUCAACAUGAGGAUUGAGAAGUGUUAUUUCUGUUCGGGUCCGAUUUACCCAGGCCACGGCAUGAUGUUCGUUCGCAACGAUUGCAAGGUGUUCAGAUUCUGUAAAUCCAAGUGUCAUAAAAACUUUAAAAAGAAGCGCAAUCCUCGCAAGGUCAGGUGGACCAAAGCAUUCCGGAAAGCAGCUGGUAAAGAGCUCACAGUGGAUAAUUCAUUUGAAUUUGAAAAACGUAGAAAUGAACCUGUCAGAUACCAGCGAGAGCUGUGGAAUAAAACCAUUGAUGCAAUGAAGAGAGUUGAAGAGAUCAAACAGAAACGCCAGGCUACAUUUAUAAUGAACAGGUUGAAGAAAAAUAAAGAACUACAGAAAGUUCAGGACAUUAAAGAAGUGAAGCAAAACAUCCAUCUUAUCCGGGCCCCUCUUGCAGGCAAAGAAAAGCAGCUGGAAGACAGAAUGGUGCAGAAAUUACAACAGGAUGUGGACAUGGAAGAUGUUUCUUAGAACUCUUACUGCCUGUAACCAUUUCUAUAAGUGCAUCUGGAAAUCUCCUUUGGAGACACAGAACUUCUAAAUUAUUGGGUUUUUUUCAUAUAAGGUCACUCAUAUGAAAGGGGAUUAAAGUACUUCUUUCCUACAUUGGUCUCUACAGAACAGCAGAUGUGGAUGCUUGAUUGCAUCUCAACGGUAAGCCUUCACUGAGAGAUCACUUUUAUAAGUCAUGAAAAUUGUUUGUAAAUACAGAAGUGAAUUGUGGACAUAAAAUGGUCAUGCCAUUUGGUUAAUGGCACUAGGCAGCAUUUAUGUAACAAUUAAUGACAAAUUCGUGACGAGUUAUAUAUAAAAUAAAAUUUUCAUUGCAGUAAAAUAUUCCUUUCCUAGAAGGGAUACAGCAAGGAACUAACAAUCUGUAUGAUAAUUAGCCUCUAGUAAUUUCUUUUGAUUUUAGUACUUCUGGUUUUGGUUUAUUAGCUUCUUAGAAGAACAUAAUGGUCUAAUAUAUUGAAGCCUAAUUCUGUUGGACCGUUUUGAUCUGGUUUUAACUAUUGUGAUUGAUAGGCAUUUGUGGAUGUUGGGGGUGAGUUGAAUAGUCUGUUCCUGAAAUGGCACUAUAUAAUUUCUACUUUGGAGAAUACUCACUUCUAAGUUGAGAUUCCUAGUAGAAUAAGCUUUAUUUUUCUAGGCGUCCAGUACCUAUUAAAAUUUUUUGUGUGGUUUUCUUUUUAAAAACUCCUUGUUUGUGGAAAAUUGGACGUAUGGGUAACACAUUAUAGAUUAUUUGCACAUAAAAUUGUUUCUGAAGUAA